AUGAACAGUUUCAAUGAGAAUGUGCCGACCGGAGGGGUUGACGAACAAGCGCAGAAGAAUGAUGAUGAUAUCACCGCUGAGAACAUCGCAGAGAACUGUGCUAAGGCAUUGGCGUCGUUGAAGGGCAGAAGGGAAGUUGAACGUCUGGAGAGGGAAGCAUGGGACACUUUGAAGAGAAGAGGAACGAAGCUGCAGGAGGAAGGGAAUGAAGUCGCGACGUUGAUGGAAACUGUUGAUGAGCCCUUGGGACGAGCGAACAGUUCUACUCUGGGGUCGGCUCAGGAUCAGAGCACGGAGGAAGUGGAGGAGAUGAAAAAAAUGCUAAAACGGCAGUGGCACCUUCUAUUGACGGUGGACGCUAUGAACCAACACCGAAGGGCUCAGGGGUCCUCGAUAGACCCACACCGGUUGGGGGAAGCAGUAGUAGGAGAAGUGACCAGCGAAGUGAAGGAGGAGGAGGCUGAUACUAUGCAGUACGCUUUGGCCUUGGCUACCGCUGCACCAGAGUAUGCUGCUGCUGUUGCCAACUGGGCUAUGAUGAGCUCUCUAGGGGUGAACCCCUACCUACCAGUAAGAAGCUUCAUAGUUAGUACUGCAGUUGGUCUCGAACGGGCUCUACUACGGGAACUUGAGGUAGAGGAGGAGUUGGUUAACAAACGUGAAUUCAUAACAGCAUCUCGGAACUCGAGGAAACUGGAUGAGGAUCUCGAUAAAGACAACGCCAAUUCAACUGUUUACGCCCCGAAGAUCCUCAUUAAUAUUGUGGACAACUCAUUCGAAGUUAAGACUUUUACUCAAAAUGCUAUAGCUGACCACUGUAGUAAUGCCUGGACUGAACUCUGCGUCAUCGAGAUCUCGAAGAAUGAAAAAUUUCAACUGUCUUGUGAUAAAGUUAGAGCUCUUGAACUGAACUGA